UCGUAAGAUUACGAGGAAGGGCUGAGGGAGCUGGAUUUGUUUAGUUUUGAGGAGGCUCGGGGGAAAUCUCAUCACUCUACAAAUCCUUGAAAGGAGAAUGUAGUGGGCUGGGGGUUGGUCUCCUCUACUGUGACUGCCGUGAGAGGACCAGAGGAAAUGGCCUUCAGCUGAGAUGGGAGACUCAGAUUAGCAUAUGCUUUUCAGAGCACCCUGGCUUGUGAAGCAUUGCCUGGUUAAACUGGAAUUGAAGCAGGACAACGCCAGUCCCUCCUGGUCCAGAAAAGGCUUAGAAGAGGGUGCCACAAUGGAAGAUGUGUAUUUGGCAUCGGUGGAGACAGACCGAGGCGUGAAGGAACAGUUGCGGCUCUAUGACACCAGGGGUCUGCAGGAGGGUGUGGAAUUGCCCAAGCACUAUUUCUCUGUGGCUGACGGCUUUGUCCUGGUGUACGCCGUGACCAGCCUCGAAGCCUUCCAAAGAGUCGAACUGCUCAAAAAGGAGAUCGACCUCUUCAGAGACAAAAAGGAGGUUGCAGUUAUUGUCUUGGGAAACAAAACUGACCUCCUGGACCAAAGGCAAGUGGAAACAGAAGCAGCACAGCAAUGGGCAAGGGCUGAGAAAGUGAGACUGUGGGAAGUGACUGUGACAGAUCGGAAAACACUGCUUGAACCCUUCACCUUCUUAGCUAGCAAACUGUCCCAGGCCCAGAACAAAUCAACAUUUCCCUUGCCUGGAAGGAAGAGCAAAGGGAAUAACUGUGAAAACUAGACUAGCUUAGCAUUGUCUCCUGCUGCCAGGUCACAGUCUAAGUCCUUUUUGUGCCAUUUGCUCCUUGCAGUUUCAUUUAAAGCAAUAAUAUCAUUCAGCAAUAAAAUCAGCAAGCUUAUAGCUAAGAGGCAUCCUUCCUUCUCACAGACUUGGCUUGAAAAAGCCGCUGUUGGUAAAAGCCUCAAAAAGCACUUUAUGAGAGCAGUUAUUUUGCUGCCAGGAUUAUGGAGGAGGAAGGGAUAGAUGGAUACCUCUUAGCAGGGCCUCUUACUAUGCCUGGAUACAGCCAUGUUGAGGGACAAAUCAACAAGCUUACCAGUAUAUAAUAGCCCUGCAGAUCUAUAGCCUGUAGUCACAAAAAGUAUUAGCUGCAAUAAAGCAUUCAGUUUGGAAAGGUGAUAUAUUUGAAAUGGCAACAGUUCUUUUACCUUGACCUUAAACAGGGCCAUAGGGCUUUUUGAUGCUGCAAGAGACUGAGAUCAGUGUCUUGCUGUAGGAAAGGGUAUGGAGUGGGAGGAACAGUUACCAGAUUUAGCCAGUGAUGUUUUGCUAGUGUCUGGAAGAAAAAAACACCCCCCACAUCUUCUGGGAAAUACCCCAACAUGAACCUUGUCAACAAAGUCUAGUAAGCAGUGCUUUCAUGUCAGGAAUUCAUUUGUAGAAACCAGAAAAGCUCUCGGAGCACUCAUUGAUUGAAUAACCUAAGGACAACACAGCUAUGGGUUUGCUCCAGCAUGUCCACUACAAAUCAGUCACAUUCUCAUAGGUGGUAAUUUUACUGAGGAUUAUAUGGGUCAAUUUUGUAUGCAGGAUGUAUUGCUGGGCUCUGCUUAGGGCACACUUACCUGGCUGCUGAGGUAAGCUGCAGCAAUCUGCCCUCCUGGUACGAAGUGCUGUAUGACUGUGCAGGUGGGGGCUGAGGAGGGUAGGAGGCUGCCUUUUUGCAGACAUCCCUGUGGCAAAUGCCCAGAAAUACCUGUACAAACGGCCCCGGUCUUCAUGCGCUGCACAUGGUCCGGCUGCAGGAGCACAACUGCACGUGCUGUGUUUGCCUCAACACUGGCAAACCUGUGUGCUGAAGGACUCUGCUGUCCCAGGCCAGCCUGGCAGUAAACUGAACUGAAGGGGAUAUAUAGAGGGACAGAAUGAGCCACUUCUCCCAGAGACAGGGGCCAGAUUUUUGGCAUCUAACAACCUGCUGUACUAAUUGAUGCUAGCUUUUCUUUAUAUUUGAAGGCAAGAGCAGGGAGUGAAGUACCCAGUUUCUGCAUUUUCCACUAAAUUAAUCCUCUUUUGAACAAAUACUAAGAAUUUCACUGUGAAUCAGCAAAACCACAAGCAAUAUUUGCACUGUCAUAUCAUAACUGCUAAAUUGUGUGCUUAAUGAUCACAAUUAAGCUCAUAGUAUUGCUCUUCCUGAAUACUGAUUAAUAAAGCCUGUCAGCACUACUAAAGUCUGUCAGCAUUAUUAAUGUCAGAGCAGCAGUACACUUCACUGAAAAUUAAGCAGGAAUCCCUACCAUUAUAAUGGAGGUAGACGAAACUGUUUAUGCGCUUUGCUCAAUAUAGCUUGAAUUGCUGUGGCCAAGGAGUAAGAUAAGAGAGUAAUUAUGAAUGAGCAAGCUUUUGUAAUGCCCUGCUAGGAACAUAAAAUUGUUUCCAUUGCAACACUGCAGCUGAGUAAGCACUAUAGCACGACCUCCCCCUAUCUGGCCAGUAAUAGUCAUUGUCCCCAGCAGUGCUGCAGGAUGACACUCCCUCCUCACUCAUUUCCUACUGAACACACAUGUAAGUGUACUCCGGGAUUCUCCCUACCCAGAAGAUUCAGUAUCUGCUUGUGUGGAGGUGACUUGAGACCAGCAGUGGUUCACCUCCUCACUGCAACCUCUUACCAAGGAGUGGGUCAUGUUCCUCUUCUUCAGCUCUGCAGAAACCUUUUUCUGGAAGGGACUUCCAUCAGCCUUGAAGCAAUCAAAAUAAAUGAAGAUGUCUACUAAUAGCACAUCACUAAAGCUGACCCUUGAGCCAAAGGAGUGCAUGUUGACAAGUCUGAAUGAACUUAAAAUGCCUGGAGAUGGAAAGAAUGGGGAUGACUGGUUCCUGUCCAGCUCUGCAUGCUGCAGACUUGGUGCCAAUUUUUCUGCCAAGACUGAUGUCACCUGUAGGCUGCCAGAGCUGUGCAGUGCAAGUGUAGCUUGCUCGCUUGCUCCACUGGACUCCCAGGACCUGACUGUUUUAAGACAGGCAAGAGAAACAGAUCUUCUAAAUGACUAAGGCCAUUUUUCCAAAUAGGCUACAUAAAGGCAAACACAUUUUCUUUGAUUUGGCUAAAUUUAGAGUU